AUGUCGGCGGCAGCACGGUUAGCUGCAGCAGGAGCUCCGGUGUCGCUGCUGUCGCGGUUCCGCGGCGCGCUGGUCGCUUCAGUGGUGGGGGAUUGUGUAGGCGGCGAGUUUGAAGGAGCUGAAGAUGUUCCACUCGACCGAGUUCUUCAGCAUCUGAGUGGACUGGAGGAUGAAACCCGAGGAGACGGCAUUCUGCAGUACAGUGAUGACACGGCCAUGUUGCGCUGUGUAGCCCAGUCCCUUCUUACCAGGAUGGGAUUUGAUGAACAGGACAUGGCUCGCAGUUUCGCAAAGGAGUAUAGCCUCGCUCCAGGCCGUGGCUACGGAGCAGGAGUGGUUCAGGUUCUGCGAAAGCUUGCAUCGCCUCAGCUCAGUGACGUCUUUCAGCCAGCACGCGCUCAGUUUGGCGGGCGCGGCUCAUUCGGCAACGGAGGAGCAAUGAGAGCGGCACCUUUUGCCCUUGCGUUCAGAAAUAUUGCAGAUGUGAGAAGGUAUGCAAGGUUUGGUGCAAUGCUCACCCAUUCCUGCUCUCUGGGCUAUAAUGGUGCUGUGCUGCAGGCCCUCGCUGUUCACUUGUCCAUGCAAGGUGAUCUGGCCUUACCACAAAAAUUCAUCAGUAAACUCAUUUCAGAAAUGGAGGAAGUGGAGAAAGACGAGACGGCACGCAGCGACGCCAAAGUGCUUAAUUUAGCUGAAUUUCCAUAUUGUGCACGUUUGCACAGAGUCAAGGAGCUCAUGGAGCAGAAUAGCGUGAGCAUUGAGGAGGUCAUAUCAGAACUUGGGAACGGCAUUGCAGCCCUCGAGUCUGUGCCCACAGCUAUCUUCUGCGUGCUGCACUGUUUAGAGCCUCGUGAGGGUCUGUCAGAGCAUUAUGGUGGCCUGGAGAGGACAAUAGCCUACAGCUUAGCCUUGGGAGGCGACACCGACACCAUCGCAUGCAUGGCAGGUGCAAUCGCAGGUGCCCACUAUGGCAUCAGUGCCAUUCCCCAGAGUUGGCUGAAGAGCUGCGAAGGUGCAGUGGAAGCCGAGCAUCUGGCUGAGCGUCUUUACAAACUCUACAACGAUCGUGACAACGAUCAGCCACAAGACGGCCAUCCACAUACGAAAAGUACUGACUGAUCCAUUGCACAGUACUACGGAUAUACAUGCAUGGAACAUGACACAAGCAUACAGGUUGAGAAAACCCAUCUCUUGAUCGUAAGAAUAUGUUGUCUAUGUUGUGCAAAAAAAUUUACAGAUUAAAGAUCUAAAUCAGUUGCAUAUUGUCUGUUAAAUGGUGUAAGGCCAGAAAAUUUUAAAAGAUCCAUUUCAUGGUUAAGAAUGUUUUGUUAAAUUUGGUGUCUAACAUAAAUUUCAGCAUCUGUAAAUAAAGCAUCUGCUCAAAUGAA